AUGAUAUGUAAAAAACUGAGGCCAUCAAAUUACUUCUUUCAAGAAGGUUUUGUACCGAUCAUGACGAUUGCUGAUUCGGGUGCCCUAAUGGAUAACGAAUCACUAUGCUUGCCGUGCACUCGAGAGGAAGAGCGAAGGAUUGUUAAGGAGUUAACAGAUGAGGCCGAGUUAUGUUUGAAAGAGGGCAACUUAUAUUAUGUCGUCUCCAACAGGAAUGGCAGGAAUAACGAGUUGAAGACAUGAUAGGAAUAACUUGAAGAAUGAAUAAAAGAUUGAUCACACUUACAAUUUAAGUAUGUUGUUAUUUUUUAAGAUUUUUUUUUCAUUUUUGUUGAUAUUCUUUUAGAAUAUGUAUAAUUAUAUUAAAAUGUAUAAGACUAUUAGUCUGUUAGAAUAUGUAAGAAUUUGAAUUUAACCGGGGAUUCAAGAAUUAUGUUAUUCUUCAAUAAUAUUCUAAUAGAAUAAAAUUCUGAAAGAACAUCAUUCUAACAAAAAA